GUCAUUUUUUAUUAUCACAAAAAUGGUGUCCUGGAGCGCGUUGGGCCGAUCUUUCGGUAUUAAUUUAAUAAAAAAUAAUGCAAAAGCACCAGUUAUAGUUCAAAAUGUAAACUUUUCUAUUGGUAAAAGCCUAAGUGGUGGCCAUGGCCCCAAAACCAUGGCGAUGCAGCCAUCGAGGUGGCAAUGGCACAAGUUCAAGGACAUGUUGCAUUAUUACUUUAUGAUUGGACUCAUACCUGUCGGUGCAAUAAUCUUUUACACCAAUGUCUUCAUCGGUCCAGCACAGUUGACACCAAUACCAAGUGACUAUAAUCCGAAGCACUGGGAAUACCACCGCCACCCAAUUACGAGAUUCAUCGCUCGGUACAUCCACAAUAGCCCCCAACAGGAGUAUGAAAAGUUCAUGCACUACAUCGACGAAGAGGCUCAGAAAAUGAAGCUGCGUAAACUAGAAAAAGAUGUUAUUAAGAAAAUGGCGGAGAGGCAAGAUUACCAAGCUUAUUACUACAGGCCAAUGGUCAACAAAUACUUGCGAAUUAAUAAACAAACUGGUGACGAACUGGCCGAACGUCUUGGACAGAACUACAAGGAUUAGAUAUACAUUGUAUUUCAUCUUUUUGAGGGAUGUUAGUGUAUUUAGUAAUCAAGUGUAUUGUUACAUAUUUCUCUGUAGAUAAAUAAAUAUCGUUUUCUUGCUUCA